AUGCUUUCCUUCUGUAAGUGCUAUCCCGCGUCAGCACCGAAGGGCAUCUAUCCGGUAUUAACAGCUCUGAGAGGGCCGCUAAGAGGCCCGGGAGGGAGUGGCACAUGCCAGAGCCCCGCUCUCCCAGCCCUGGUCCGGCCGCCAGCCCCACCUUUGCAACCGUCGCUGGACAUUAAACCGUUUCUUCCAUUUCCUCUUGACACAGCGGCCGCAGUCAACCUCUUCCCCAAUUUUAAUGCGAUGGACCCGAUUCAGAAAGCUGUAAUAAAUCAUACUUUCGGGGUUCCUCUUCCUCAUCGAAGAAAGCAGAUCAUUUCGUGCAACAUUUGCCAGUUGAGAUUUAAUUCUGAUAGCCAGGCUGCGGCCCACUACAAAGGCACGAAACAUGCCAAGAAGCUCAAAGCGCUGGAAGCCAUGAAAAAUAAGCAGAAAUCUGUCACUGCCAAGGACAGCGCAAAGGCCACCUUCACCUCCAUCACCACCAAUGCCAUCACUUCCAGCUCUGACAAAACAGAUACUACCACAGGGACACCAGCAAUAUCAACGACGACAACUGUGGAAAUUCGCAAAAGCAGUGUUAUGACAACUGAGAUCGCCUCUAAAGUGGAGAAGAGCCCCACCCCGGCCAGCGGCGACAGCUCCUGGCCCCCCGCGGAGACCGAGGAGGAAAAGGCCAAGAGGCUACUCUACUGCUCCCUCUGCAAGGUCGCUGUCAACUCCGCCUCCCAGCUGGAGGCCCACAACAGUGGUACGAAGCACAAAACUAUGCUAGAAGCUCGGAACGGAAGCGGGACGAUCAAAGCCUUCCCUAGGGUGGGUGUGAAAGGCAAGGGCCCGGUUAACAGGGGAAACACAGGCCUGCAGAACAAGACGUUUCACUGUGAAAUCUGCGAUGUGCACGUCAACUCGGAGACACAGCUCAAACAGCACAUUAGCAGUCGAAGGCACAAAGACAGAGCCGCCGGGAAGCCCCCGAAGCCCAAGUACAGUCCUUACAACAAGCUGCAGAAGGCAGCGCAUCCGCUGGGGGUGAAGCUGGUCUUCUCCAAGGAGCCGUCCAAGCCGCUGGCGCCGCGCCUGCUGCCCGGGCCGCUGGCCGCCGCCGCGGCCGCCGUGGCGGUGAGCUCGCCGUUCGGGCUGCGGGCCGCGCCCCCCGCGCUGCUGCCCGCGCUGCCCCCCGCGCUGCUGCGGCCGGCGCCGGGGCCCAUGCGCAGCGCGCACGCGCCGGUGCUCUUCGCGCCCUACUGA